AUGUUAUUCUCAGUGGAGCUCCUAGUCACCGGCUUUCUCGUCAUACUGGCGCUGAUUCUCUUCCUCUCCACUGCUUCCGACCGCCGUGGCUCAAAACGGUACCCAAUAAUCGGCCACGCACUGGAGCUGAUAAGAAACAAGGACCGCCGAGUGGAGUGGACAACAGAGCUGCUCCAAGCCUCUCCGUCCGCAACGGUUGCCGUGCGACUCCUCGACCGGCAACGGAUCCUCACGGCUGAUCCCGCCGCCGUCCAGCACAUCCUCAAGACCAAGUUCGACAACUACCCCAAGGGAGAAGACAGUCGAGCGAUCCUCUUCGACAUGCUCGGGGACGGCAUCUUCAACGCCGACGGCGCGUCCUGGAAGCUGCAGAGGCAGGUCUCCAGCCACGAGUUCAACACCAAGUCUCUCAGGCAUUUCGUCAACCACGUGGUGGAUGCCGAGGUCUCCGACCGUUUGAUCCCGACGCUCUCUGCCGCCGCCGCGAGCGGAGGUGUGCUCGAUCUGCAGGACAUCUUGCAGAGGUUCGCAUUCGACAAUGUCUGCAAAAUUGCGUUUGGGUACGAUCCGGAGUACCUGCUGCCGUCUCUCCCGGAAGCAGAGUUCCCAAUCGCGUUUGAAGACGCCACGGUGAUAAGCACCUACAGGUUCAUUUCAAUGUUCCCCUUGAUCUGGAAGGUGAAGAAAGUUCUCAACAUCGGAUCGGAGAAGCGGCUGAAGGAGGCGGUCGGCUUGAUUCGGGAUUUCGCUAAGGGAGUCGUGAUGGAAAAGAAAGCAGAGCUCGAGAAGAGAUCUGCGCUCGAUUCCGUCGAUCUUCUCUCUCGAUUCUUGAGCUCCGGCCAUUCCGACGAGGAAUUCGUGAGGGAUAUCGUGAUCAGCUUCAUCCUCGCCGGCAGGGACACCACCUCCGCCGCGUUAACCUGGUUCUUCUGGCUGAUCUCCGAGCAUCCUGAAGUGGAGGGGAAAAUCUGCCAAGAGAUCGGCGAGAAAUCGGAAAAUCUGAUGUUCGAGGAUGUGAAGAACAUGGCGUACACUCACGCUGCGCUGUGCGAGAGCAUGAGGCUUUACCCGCCGGUGCCGAUGGACACCAAGAUAGCGGAGGACGACGACGUUUUGCCGGACGGGACGAAGGUAAAGAAGGGUACCCGAAUUACUUACCAUCCGUACGCGAUGGGCCGGCUGGAGCGGAUUUGGGGCCCCGACUGGGCCGAGUUCAAGCCCGAGAGGUGGCUGAAGAAGAGUGAGGAGGAAUCGGAUGGCGAGAAAUGGGUCUUUGUGGCGAGGGAUCCGUAUAGCUACCCGGUCUUCCAAGCGGGGCCCCGGGUUUGCUUGGGGAAGGAGAUGGCGUUCCUGCAGAUGAAGCGGGUGGUCGCCGGGAUUUUGAGCAAUUUCAAGGUGGUUCCCGCCGUCGAAGAAGGGUUCAAGCCGGUGUAUGUUUCGUUUAUGACGGCCAAGAUGAAAGGUGGCUUCCCCGUGAAAUUUGAAUCAAGGGAGAAGUGA